AUGUCUUCGCCCGAGCGUCGAACUGCUGGAGUCAAGCGACCUCGCACACAAUCCCUCCCUCCCCCCUCGCUUCCUCAGUUGGUUGCCGAGCAGAGCACUCCCAUCCCUCCCACAGACAAGGACUCUCAGCGUCUGAUCGUCGUCCUGUCCAAUGCCAGUCUUGAGACGUACAAGGCUUCUCACGGAGGCACCAGCCGCAACCGUGAGGACAAGUACUCUCUGCUCAACAGCGAUGAGCACAUCGGUGUCAUGCGCAAGAUGAAUCGGGACAUUAGUGAUGCUCGUCCCGACAUCACCCAUCAGUGUUUACUGACCCUUCUGGAUUCGCCCAUCAACAAGGCCGGCAAGCUCCAGAUCUACAUCCAUACUGCCAAGGGUGUCUUGAUCGAGGUCUCGCCCUCAGUCCGCAUUCCGCGAACAUUCAAGCGAUUUGCCGGUCUGAUGGUGCAACUCUUACACCGUCUGUCCAUCCGCUCCACCAACUCUAACGAGAAGCUGCUCCGGGUGAUCCAGAACCCCAUCACUGACCACUUGCCUCCCAAUUGCCGCAAGGUUACUCUGAGUUUCGAUGCGCCACUUGUCAAGGUUCGUGAGUAUGUUGAAACCGUGGAUUCCAAGGACAGCAUCUGUGUCUUCGUUGGCGCUAUGGCCAAGGGUGAGGAUAACUUCGCCGAUGCGCUUGUUGACGAGAAGAUCUCCAUCAGCAACUACUCUCUGUCUGCUAGUGUUGCUUGCAGCAAGUUCUGCCACGCUGCUGAAGAUGUCUGGGACAUUAUGUAA